UUUGUUGUAAAAUAUUUUUGUUUAUUUUUGUUGUACAAAAACUUUUGAUUUCUCUUUCAAAAAGCCUAAAAAAGCAAAAAUUCUCACAAAUGUGUGGACGAACUUGCUUAACUCUCGCUCCGGCUGAAGUGUGCAGGGCAUGUCGAUAUAAAACACAAAAAGACCCCAAAGGGAAGGAAGAGGAGCCCCAGUGGCGAUCAGAAUACAAUCUCGGGAAGUCUUACAAGCCAUCUUACAACAUUGCUCCAACUGACAUUACCCCCGUCUUGAUUUCCGGACAGCACUUUGAGGAGGAAGCCGCUGCUGAGGGGAGUCAAGUAGUCGUGCCAAUGAUGUGGGGAAUUGUUCCAUUUUGGCACAAAGGGGAGCACAACACCCACGGCUUGACAACCAACAAUUGCCGCCUGGAGAACCUCAUGACAUCCCGGCUGUACAAGCGCUCCUUCCUCAAUGGGCAGCGCUGCGUCAUUAUCUGCGAAGGUUUCUACGAGUGGCAGACCACAAAACGCGCUAAAUCCUCCGAGAGGGAUGUCUUCUUCAUCUACACACCCCAGAAGGAUUCCAUAAAGAUUGAGGAUAACACCUCCUGGGACCCAGAGGAUGUGCAACUCCUCCGAAUGGCUGGAAUCUACGAUGUGUGGACGAGUGAAAGUGGAGAUACCCUCUACAGUUACACCAUCAUCACAUUCCAAUCCAAUAAGAAGCUCUCCUGGAUGCACGAUCGCAUGCCAGCAAUCCUGGACACGGAUGAAAAGGUUGCAGCUUGGUUGGAUUACAAAAAAGUCCAACCGGAUGAUGCUCUGAAACUCCUUAAACCUACAGAAAACAUCACCUGGCAUCAGGUGUCGAGAAUCGUCAACAAUUCCCGGAAUAAAUCAGAUCAAUGCAAUAAACCCCUUGCCGAGGGUAAAAGCAGCCCCAUCAAAAGCAAAAUGAUGCAGUCAUGGCUGGGAAAGGCCAAUAAGCCAAGAUCCAGCAGAGAUAUCGAAGAGGAUGAGGAAGUAAGCAAGAAACCUAAAUUGGAAGUAAAAGAAGAGGAUCCCGAGGAACCAUCUUCAUCCGGAGAGCCUGCAGAAUGAAACAUGACAAUUCAGCCAUAAAAUUAUCAGUAUACGGGUCAAUUUUUUGUUGUUGUAAUUUUACUAAUCGUACAAAAUGAAAAUUUAAUGUUUUAUUAA